AUGACCGACAAAGCGGAUGAACAGUGUGAAACCCGCGACGAGGGGAAACCGUCUACCCGGUGUGACCUCAAUAUUCCCAAUGUAAGUUUCGUCGUUUAUGAAAUUGCGAUCCGUUUUUUACAAAGUCAAAAUUUUUCCUUUAAAAAUAUUUUUUAGGGUCGGGCAGGGUCUAAUACGAAGCAUGGUAUAAUAUUAGGCUGGGCAGGUAAGGUAAGGAUGAGCCGUGUCUAAUAUAGGGCGGAGCACAAUGUUGGGCACGGUAAAAAUUUGGGCAGGGUUAAAUAGAGGGUAGUGUAAAUGGUUACGAGGGUGGUAGGGCAAGAAGGUGUUGUAGGAUAAAGUGUUUCUUGUUUUGUAAACAAAGUUAUUGCCAUUUUUUGUUUUGUAAAGAAAGUUCUCGCCAUUUUUUGUUUUGUAAACAAAGUUAUUGCCAUUUUUUGCUCUGUAAAGAAAGUUUUUGCAAUUUCUUGUGAUGUAAAGAAAGUUCUUGCCAUUUCUUACUUUGUAAAGAAAGUUCUCGUCUGGAACACGUGCCAAAUCUAUUACAAUAUUAUUAUUAAAUUGUCCACCAAGUCUCAUGAUUUGUUUUCCACCAAUUUGUUUCAAAUUGUAACCAAUAGCUUUAGCUAGUGUAAUAUAUUUGAGUGUAACAUUUCCCGGAAUAAUUGAUAGACAAAUUAGAUGCAACUGUCAAUACAAUAUAGUUAUCACAAAUGAUUUCUGUCUUUAAAGAUUUUUUGUUGAAAAAAUGAUAUUUCAACUGAAAAUGGCAAUAAAUUUUGUUUACAAAGUUAAGAAUGGCAAUAACUUUAUUUACAAUUCAUAAAAUGACACAACGUACACUAGGUAUGUUAUAAAUUGUCAAAAACUGUGUUUCCACUUGCUGUUUCUUGAACUUUUUAUAAUCAAGCGCACCGUUGCUUAACUUGCCAGAUCGGACGGGGUCGCGCUUUCGCACUGUGCAAACAAGACAAAUCGCGCUUCACGGUGCAGAAAUUAAGCUUUUGGCAAUAAAUUGGUUUACAAUGAUCUAAAAUGGCGUUUUUAAUUUUUUUGAUGUUUGCAGAAAUUUUGUUUACAAGACUUUUCUACUCCAGCUACGUAAGCUUUUUUUUCCAGAAAAACAGAUCUUUUUGUAAAUUUAUUUACUAUAAUAUGGUGCUUAGGAAAUUAUAGUAAUUUGAUUCGGUAAAUACAAACCAGGAAGAUGUUUUUAUUUUGUAAACCGUAAAAAACAAAUUUAUGUUCUUGUAGCGUAAUAAAGUGGUUUUAUUUGUAAUAAACUUUUUUAAUUAGUUUUUUUUGUUUUGUAAGGAAAGUUCUUGCCAUUUAUUGUGUUGUAAAGAAAAUUCUUGCCAUUUUAUCUUUUGUAAAGAAAGUUCUUGCCAUUUUCGAUUUUUAAAGAAAGUUAUUGCCAUUUUUUGUUUUGUAAAGAAAGUUCUAGCUAUUUUUGUUUUGUAAAGAAAGUUCUUGCCAUUUUUUGAUUUGUAAAGAAAGUUCUAGCCAUUUUUGUUUUGUAAAGAAAGUUCUUGCCAGUUUUGUUUUUCAAAGACCCCUCCCUCCCUCUUGUUAAACAAAAUCAAGAUGGUAUCUAGCCUAUAAAUAAAUAGCAAGAAAGAUAUGAAUUUUUCUCUACUUACUGGUAUGGUAUACAUACCGUAUCUUGGCGAAGUAUGUUUUGACCCAAAUUUACCGAAAAAAACUUGAAAAAUCUAAAAAAUUAAAGAUUGCGAUAUGACAAAGCUGACCAACACGUUAUUUUACACCCAAAUGAUGAUGGGUUGAAAAGUGCUGAAUCCUUCGUUUUAAAGUUUAAACUGUUCGACUGUAAAAUUGUUUGGGUUUAAGAUGUUUUUGUCAUAAAAAUAGCAAACCAAUUUGAGCGGCCGUUCCUUGGAAUAUAAACCAACCAGCCGGCUGGUUAAAGACUGUAUUUGGGUAGGUUGUUGUAAAGUGGGCAGGGGUGUGAUUAGGAGGUAUAAAGGGGUGGGGGAAGAGGGGAGGGGAGAAUGUGUGUGAGUAGGAAUUAGAAAUUGGGGAGGACGGGGCAGAGGUGUGAUUAAAGAAUGGUAAAUGUGUGAAUAAGGGGUGGGAACAAAGCUUCUUCGUAUGUGGGUUAGCAUUGAGUGCUUGUUAAACUAUUUUAGAAGCCUUGAUCAACCCUUACGCUACCCUGUCCUGCCUUAAAUUUUUUUAUUUCUUAUAGCUUACUUUACUUUACCUUACUCAACUUACUCCACCAAACUCUACUUCACUCUACCCUACCCUACCCUACCCUAUCCUACCCUACCCUACCCUACCCUACCCUACCCUACCCUACCCUACCCUACCCUACCCUACCCUACCCUACCCUACCUUACCCUACCUUACCCUACCCUACUCUACCCUACCCUACCUUACCCUACCCUACCCUACCCUACCCUACCCUACCCUACCCUACCCUACCCUACCCUACUCUACCCUACCCUAUUCUACCUUACCCUACGCUACCUUUUAUCUUGUUUAUCUUACAGUGCUUUAUCGUGCCAUAUUAUACUCUGGUCUAGCUUACCCCUUGUUAUCCUGCCUUGCCCUACUAUUUAUAAUACAAUUUUAUUCUUGUCUUUACCUUAUUCUACCCUUGCCCAUACCCAGCCAAAAUAGAUCCCUAUUCUAAGCUCGCGUGCCAUGCCUCACCUUACUAAUCUUAUUCUAGUCUACCCCACCUCUUCGUAUAUACCUUUACCCUACCAUACUUUUAUAUAAUCCUGUUCUCGCCUAGUAUAAGAUACCAUAUCGUCUAUUUUUGUUUAUCAAGCCUUAACUUUUUUUAAACUUACAAUUUUGAGCCUUUUUAAAAUUUUUUAAUUUUUAAAUUUCAUUUUUUUUUCAUAUUUUCAAAAAUUUCCAUUUCCAGGCCAAAAUGGGCUCUCACAAGGAGAAAGAAGGCAAGAUCGUGGCUUCCUUAUCAUUCUUCCUCAACCUUCUUCUGGUUUACCUGCCAAAGGAUAUCUGGCGUUAUUGGACGUUGAAAGAAAAGAAUGUUGAAGGUCAGACGGUGGUGAUAACGGGCGGAGCCUCGGGUAUUGGUCAAAGAAUGGCAGAGAUCUUUGCGUUGGACAAGAAGGCCAAUGUUGCCAUUUUGGACAUUGAUUUAAAAAAGGCUACUGAAGUUGCUAAUGACAUUAAGGCUAAGGGUGGAAAGGCUGAGGCUUUUCGAUGUGAUGUGACUUGUACCAAGGCUUUGGAGGCUUGUUAUGAGGAGAUUAAGGUCAAGUUUAGUAAGUUUUAGGCUUAUUUUUUGAAUAUGACAUUUUAGAAGUAUGUCUAGCCAAAAUGGCAAGCACUUUCUUUACAAAACUAAAAAUGGCAAGAACUUUCUUUACAAAACAGAAAAACGCAAGAACUUUCUUUUAAAAAGCAAAAAAUUGCAAGAACUUUCUUUACAAACAUAAAUUCAGAUAAAGUAGACAUUAUCAUCUGUAACGCCGCAAUUUUGUACUUUGGCCACACAAUGGAGCUCACAAAUGAACAGCUACAACGUUCUUUCAACGUUAACGUCAUGGGGGUUCUUAAUGUGAGUUUCCUUUUUCUAUCCUUAAUUUAGAAAUGUAUCUUAUUCUACCCUACUGUCCCUACAUUAUCCUAACAUAUCAUACCCUACUUUACCCUACACUACCUUGCCCUACCCUACUUUAUCCUACCCUAAAAAAAUGAGACAAUAAUCUAUCGGAUUUACUUAAUCUUAAAGAUAUAAUUAUAUAAUUGAAUAGCCUUAGAGAAAUUGUAAAAAAUCGUAUUACGCAACUUUUUCUUAUGUAAUAUUGAUUACUUUUGUAAUACUUGCCUCGAUGUAAAACGACCCAACAAAUGAUUGCGAGUGCUGGGAUUUUACUUCGAAUUCCUUCGGGUUAGGGUAGAGUAAGUUAAGUCAUACAAAGCUUACAAUUGUUAGGGUAGAGUAAGAUAUGGUAGGGCAACUUUAAAAUUUUUUUAACUCUGAGCCAUUUGCUACAUUUUCAAAAUUUCUAACAGGCUUCAUAUUUCAGACCAUUCGCACCUUCCUGCCAGACUUCGAAGCCCGAAACCAAGGCCAAAUCGUGUGUAUGUCAUCGAUUUGCGGCUACUUUGGCGAGACCUAUGGCAUGGCAUAUUGUCCAUCUAAAUUCGCAGUCCGCGGAAUCAUGGAGAGUAUUCGCUGUGAAAUGAUGGAUCGAGGACUAGACGGUAUCAAGUGUACCACUUUGUACCCGUUCUUCGUUCGAACUCCGAUGAUUUUGGACAUGGGAAUGCGACCAACCAGUCGAUUUAUACCGUUUAUGUCGGUUAAUCGAUGUGCUACUGCCGCUGUGAAUGCGAUUCUGAAGGAGGAGUCGCAGAGGUUUAUUCCUGGCUACAUUUGCAUCAUGACUAUGGCAAAGAAGUGAGUUUGAGGGGGUGUUUUUGGCCUUCUAUAGGGAUUCUAAGCUUCUUAAUGGGGGUUUUAGCCCAGUUUAAGGUUAAAAAAUCAUUUUUAGGGUUUCUUAAACCGCAAGAACUUUCUUUACAAAAUAAAAUAUGGCAAGAACUUUCUUUACAAAACAAAAAAUGGCAAGAAGUUUCUUUACAAGACAAAAAGUGGCAAAAACUUUCUUUACAAAGCAAAAAAUGGCAAGAACUUUUUUUAAAAAACUCAAAACACCAAAAACUUUCUUUCCAAGCCCUAAAAUUUCUUGAUUUUUGAUCUUUCCGGUGCGCAGGCCGAGGGUGCCAAGUUAUACGACGAGUAUGUUUUUUAUAAAAAACGUCAUUUUAAACCCACCACCUUAUGAAUAGCUAUUUCAAAGUACACUAUGUUAGAAUACUUAACUUUCUUUUUUUAAUAUACUAGAGAUAGCAACAUUUCAAAGUUUAGAAAUCGACCGGUGAAAAAAAGUUUAAAUCCAAUGAAAUACCGUUGUUUUUCAGGUGUCAAAAAGCUAGUUUAUUGUACUAAAAACAAUAUAUUUUCUAUAUUAAAAUCUAUAUCAACAUUCUUGAUCGUUUAGAUGUUGUACUUUAAAGGUUUAUAUCGCGAUAUAUAUAUAUCGUUUAACGGUCAUCCCCCGCCUUUGGUCGUGAAAUUUGGUGUAGGGUAGGGUAAACCAUUGAAAAGAGGGGGAUGGUCAACGAUUUUUUUUCUCCCUUGCCCCUCUUUUUUUAAGUAAAAAAGGUAGGGGAGGGGAGUAAAACUUUUUUAAAUAUUACUUGCCCCCCCCCCUCCCCAAAAUUACUUUUUUUAAAUUUUUACCACCUCCUAACGCCUUUCUUUCUUCCAGUUUAAUGGGACAUCACUUUACAAUCCAAGCGCGCCGUUUUAUGAACUGUCGUUACGUGCCUACAACAAUAUUAACUAAAGUUGUGAAUCCAGGUGAAACGCAAUCAAUCGCCUCUACCAUCUCAUCACAGCUCUCUAUGGAUUCUGAAGCUGGGGCUGUUAAAACUGAAGCUAAUCCUAAUUCACCUGCCGACCGUAAUCCAGUCAGCCCUGGUUUAUCUAAUGCGGACGCUACUUUACCUCCCAGUAAGCCUAAUACACCUGAUGCCCUUCCAAAACCGGGUUCAGCCGACCAAAAUCUUACCACACAGCCCUCUAACCUCGAAGCCAAGAGCCAGGUGGGACCAAACGCCUUGAAUCGCUCACUCAAACCCUCUCCUGAAGCCAACAAUUACUACGAAACUCCAGAAAUUAUUGGUACUAUAGUCACCAUAUUUUGCGCGGCCGGCCUACUAGCCAUAAUCUACAAACCUGACCUGUUCUUCGCAGUCAACAUGGGUAAACUAAGCCAAUUCCUAUACACCCUUGGAGCCGAAUACAACUUCUACUUUGGUAUUCUGUUGCUCACCGCUUUCAUUCACGUUUGUGAAGCCAUUACAGCCCUUUACAUUUGUCAUGCCUUAGAUACGACACACGUUUGUGGAGCUAAAUGGUUCUGCCAAACUCUUAUUAUUGGUGUUCCGUCUUUGGGAAGGCUAUGGACGCAUUACCGUAAGGUACGGAAGGUUGAACAGUAA